AUGUCAGUUGAAAGAAAGGAGGCUCAGUUGAAAAAACAAAUUGAAUAUAUUCACCAAUCUGCAGAAUCAAAGAGAGAUGAAAUUAUAUCAAGUGCUAAUCAAGAAAGUGAAAAAGAAAAAAAUAAUAUAAUAGAAAAAGAAAAAGCAAAGAUAGAUUUAGAAUUUAAUAAGAAACUUAAAGAGGCAGAAACAAAAAAGAAAAUCUCACAUUCACAAGAACUUUCUGCUGCUAGACUUCAAUUAUUAAAAGCAGAAGAUAUUCAUAUUCAAUCAUUAAUGACAGAAGUACGUAAUAAAUUAAUAAAAUCAACACAAGAAAGUAAUUAUCCAGAAAUACUCAUGAAAUUAAUUCAAGAAGGAAUUAAUAAAUUACAAGAUAAUAACGUCACUAUUCGGUGUGUUGAACGUGAUAUUAAAUUAGUUGAAAAAACCGUUAAACAAAUAAAUAAAGAACACCCAAAAAUGAAAAUUGAUAUUGACACUAUGUUUUAUUUAGAAGAAUCUGUUAUUGGUGGUGUUACUGUUGCAUCAUUAGGUGAUAGAAUUAUUUGUAAUAAUACAUUAGAACAUCGUAUGAAUCAGGCAUUAGCUAUAGCACUUCCAUUAAUAAGAAAGACUGUUUUCCCUUCCCUUAAGACGCAAAUACCCAUUCAAUAA